AUGUCCCUCUUCGCAAGAAGUGAACAGAGCGUCAAGUCGGCCUACCACUGCGCAACCCUGCUCGACAACUGGGAUGAGGAUCGCCGUCAGUUCGGUCAGCCCGUCCCCACCACCAGCGGCACCGGUGACUUUGACCCCAACACGACCUACAACACAUCGUACAAGGCGUUGACAGCCGCACAAACCGCAGAGGCGAAGCCGCCAGGCUGCUUCGCCGCCGAAGCGCCCCGCAUUCUUCUCUUUCAUCACGGCGACAUCGGCAACAUCCAGACCUACUGCCACGCCACAUCCGAGCUGGCGCUCACGGACCGCAACGAGCGAGUCUAUACAAAUGACGAGGUGCUCGACAUGCCCGGCGUCUCGUCGCGUUGUAAAAAGACAGCGGCACUGCAGAAGUCUAUGAGCGGGUUUAACGCUAGCCGCAGCGGCCACGCUGGCGCCUUAACGGGGGGUCUUGACGUCGACGAGGUGUCGGCAGCGGUGCAGCGAGAGGCACUCUACCUCCAGUCGAUGGCAAAAACCGUGUGCUCCACCCCCUACUCGGCAAGUCAGAUGCAGACCUCGGCAAGUUACUCUGGUGGCGAGAAGGCGGCGACGACAGAGAGCGAGAGUGGCUACGCGCCGCCACGGCUGCUGCCAGUGGGACGCGUUGCGGAGCGAGAGCGGCUGCUCACCACCAAGAACGUCUCUAUUGAUGCCACUGGGGUGUACGUGUGUGACAACUUAGAUGCCUACCCGCUGACGAGUAGCCAGUGCGUCGGCAAGAUGACCAAGUCGUGCGACAACCCAAUGCACAAAACAAACCUUCGUGUCCAUUACAUGGAGGACGACUAUUAA